AUGUCACCCUUGGCCUCGACUUAUGACCACCGCACCGCCGCGCUUCCCACACGUUUUCCAUUGCCCAUAGUGACUACCCUGACGCCGAAGAUUUUCAACGACACCAUGCGCACGCAUCACGGCAUUACCGUAGACAUUAUACCUGCUCAACUUGAGAGCAAAUUCAAGCACAAGAUUGAUAUGCUCAAACACCUCGCCGUUAUUCCUUCUGGCAAUGAAACAGAAGAGCUCAAGGCCGUUGCUGUCAAAAAUCUCCAAUUUGCACUCUUCGGCGCGGCAGUCACAGGGGAGACUAGUUCCCCACCAGACAUAUCUCGCUCUCCUCUACCCCGAGAUCACCCAAGAAGACAACGACGAGGCGACAGCAGAUGCCCAUCCAACCAAUCUGAGCAAGAGGAAUUCCAUCACGAGUUGGAAGUGCUCAGGCACGCCGACGCCGUAGAAGGGCUUGAGUUUGAUGCUCGACACAAUCAAGAUACUACCGGCCGUCGCCUACCCGCAUACCAGGAGGGCAAUGUCAAAGAGAUUGCAUGUCAUGGCACAGAAAUUACAUUGCAGGAGAAGACUCUUUGCCUGAGCUGA